AAUAAAAACUGGAUGGAAAAAUUUUUCCUCCUCACAUUUACCUCAGAUCCCAGUCUCGCAGACAGCUCCCUCUCCUUCCUCUCUCUCCAAGACACCAUGAUACAAUUAAGGACUUUAAUUUUCACAUUCGUCGUGCUCCUGUGGACACUAUGUUCUGCAGCAAAGGUCGAAUACAUGGAAGCAAGAAAACUCAAGAGAGACAUUGUAAACCUUGCGGACUAUGGCUUCCAACAAGACAAAGACUCUGACUCGGCAUCUCCAGCAACCGCCGAGUUACCCACAUGUCUCCUGUGCGUUUGCCUGACUGGAUCAGUUUAUUGUGAGGAGGUUUCCCCUGAAAUGUCAUCAGUUCCAGCGCUGCCAAAGGAAACGGCGUACCUCUACGCUCGCUUCAACAAAAUCACAAGAAUACGCAAUAAAGACUUUGCAGAUAUGGCCACAUUAAGGAGAAUCGACCUAACUGGGAAUCUCAUCACCGAGAUAGAAGACGGCGCCUUUUCCAGACUUCCUAAUCUGGAGGAGCUCACCCUCGCGGAUAACAGACUGACCAAACUCCCAAUGCUUCCCAACGGUCUGGUCACAUUCAAUGCCAAUUUCAACAGGCUUAAAACGCAGGGUGUAAAGGCAAACGCUUUCAAAAAACUCACCAGACUGGCUUAUCUUUACCUGGGAAACAAUGAACUGACAGGAGUGCCACACCUCCCAGAGUCUCUGCACGUCGUGCACCUGCAUAACAACAAGAUCUCCACAAUAACAGAUGAGACGUUCUGCAAAGGUAACACCAGUUACUACAUCCGGAGCAACAUGGACCAGGUGAGGCUGGACGGGAACCCGGUGAAGCUGUCGCAGCACCCCAACAGCUUUGUGUGUCUGCAGACUCUUCCUGUCGGAUGGUACAACUGAGAGAUCACUCAAGCAUCCGUUAGACAGACGUAAACCUAGGGCUGGAUGUUCUGUGUUAACUGAAGGGUGCAAAAAGGAAAAGAAAAAUACCAUUUAGAAAAUGCGGUUUUCAACUUAUCUUUUAUAUAUUUAAAUCUAACAGUAACAGUACAGUUCAACACAGUGUGGCCGAGACGGAAAAUAAAAAAAUAUGAUAAAAAGA